AUGGAUGCGGCCGGAGCUCUGGACCCGCGGGCGCUGGAGCAGGAGCUGCAGGCGGCGGUGGAGGAGGACGAGCGCCGGGACAGGGAGAACGCGGCCAAGCUGCGCGCCCUGCGCCAGCACCUCCCAUCCUAUGAGCAGUUCAGGAGCAUUGUGCUGGCAUCACACCUCAAGCCCCUAGAGAAGAAGGACAAGAUGGGCCAGAGGAGGAACGUGCUGUGGAAUCCCUGUGCAGGCCAUGCCAAGGCACCACUGUGCCAAGCCAGUGAUGUGGAAAUAUCCCAGGAGCUGUUUGGGCUGCCUGGAACCUCUGCUGAAUUUCACAGAGAUUGGCGCAGAUGCUUAAAAAGCAGAAAACUGAAAUACCAGUUUCUGCUGGACCUGGGAGGGGAGGCCUUGGGCAGACUCUUUCAGGCUGACUUGGGCUAUGGCCUCCUGGGUGAAUUUCUUACGGUGCUGGCAGAGAACGCCUGUCAUGAAGACAGAGAUGCCAUCCUUCAGAUCUUACAGAGCCUCGCGGGCACCAAGCGCUUCGGGUUAAACCUGGCUCUUCUGAGCGAGCUGGAGAAGGAGAGCAGCAGGGAUUUGUUUAGGAAGCUGAGGAGCAUGAGCAGGAGGUAUUGGACCCCCGGCCAUCCCAGCAGCACAGCCGGCUGCGAAGCAGAGCAGGAAGCCCACCUCAUCAAUGCCAGCUUGCAAAGGGAAACCGAGGAGGAAAGGAGGGUGCUGGAGCUGAUGAAAUGUUACCAGAUCGACUGAAGGAGCAGAAGCACCAGAAUCGUGCAGAAACAGAGCACAGACAGAGGCUCAAAGCUUGAUUUUGGCAUUGCUGUGU